GAAUGUUAAAAUAUUGAUAAAACAGAUAAAAUAUUUCCACUAUUUCGUAAACAACGAUUAUUACAGUUUUAAUCUUUCAGUUUCUUAAAUUUAGUAAUAGUUAUGUUUUUGUUGUGGUUUACUCAAGUUAUCACAAUUUAAGUACCUCUUUGAAAGGUUAGGUUAAUGUUUUUAUUUUUAUUUUUGUGUGAUAUAUCUUAAAGUUUGGUAUAAUGUAUAAUCCAGUUUUCCUUAUACCGCAACGGUACAUAUUAGGAAUCAUGGGAUUCCUGGCAGUUGUAAACGCCUACUCGCUGAGGGUCUCACUUAACAUCGCUAUAACUGAAAUGGUGGCACCAAGUUCUUCCAGCUUCUACGACCCAGACUCAUGUCCAGCAGAAAACGCCAACAAAUCGCAUAACUCAGUGACGAACACAGAUCUCCUCUACGACUGGGACGAAACAACGAAAGGACUUAUCCUCAGCUCCUUCUUCUGGGGCUACGUAGUGACCCAUUUACCGGGCGGCGUGCUAGCUGAAAAGUUUGGAGGAAAGUAUUCUCUGGGUCUCGGAAUAUUAUCCACUGCUGUGUUUACUCUCCUAACACCUUGGGUUAUCCGGACUACGAAUGGAAACUGGAAAGUUUUGGUUGCUUUGAGGGUCAUCAUGGGACUCGGAGAGGGAACAACAUACCCAGCGCUCAAUGCUCUUCUAGCAAAGUGGGUACCGCUUCAUGAGAGAGGAAAAAUUGGUACGUUAGUUUAUGCAGGCAGUCAAAUUGGAACUAUUGUGAGCAACAGUAUCAGCGGAGCUUUGAUCAAUGCAACUAGAGACUGGUCUUCAGUGUUUUACGUGUUUGGAGCAGCUGGAGUGAUCUGGUAUAUACUUUGGCAAUUACUCUGCUAUUCGGAACCAGAGUCGCAUCCCUUCAUCAGCGACGACGAAAAAACGUACCUCAAAAAAGAAUUAGAAAAUGUGUCUGAGGAAAAAGGAAAAAUUCCAUGGAAGGAUAUCUUCACUUCUCCCCCAUUGUUGGCACUAGUAGCUGCACAGAUAGGCCACGAUUGGGGAUUCUUCACUAUGGUCACUGAUCUUCCAACCUAUAUGAGCGAUGUCCUGAAAUUCAAUGUUAAAGAGAAUGGAAUUUGGACUUCCGUACCCUACAUUGUCAUGUGGCUGGUGUCCAUGGGAUCCGGAUGGUUAUGUGACUGGUUAGUGUCUGCUGGCUAUAUGAAGAUUACUUUUGCGAGAAAGUUCUUCACUUCAAUAGCUUCUGUCGGCCCAGCAAUCUUCAUCAUGGCUGCGUCAUAUUCCGGAUGUGAUCGCUAUCUUACGGUCGCCAUGUUUACAGUAGCUAUGGGUUUUAUGGGUCCCUUCUAUUGCGGAAUGAAAGUUAAUGCCUUGGAUCUUGCCCCCAAUUAUGCUGGGACGUUGAUGGCUAUUGUUAAUGGAAUUGGUGCAUUCACUGGCAUUAUUGCACCCUAUCUAGCAGGAGCUUUAACAGAAGACCACACUUUGAAACAAUGGCGUACAGUUUUCUGGAUAACAUUCGCCAUCUUCAUGUCAACAAACAUCAUCUACUGUCUUUUCGGUAGUGGCGAAGAACAACAUUGGAACGAUCCAGCAAAACUUAAACAGCAGGAGCUAGAUUCGAAAUAUGGCAGCAUCGCAAACCAGUCUUCUAAGUCAGAAAGUACACUCGAAAACUCAAAAGUUUGAUAAUUGUAUUUAUUUUAAUUUUUUAACUAAGCCAGAGAUGGAUCUCAGUAAAUAUAAGAAAACCAAGAUAUAAAAAUAUGAUAUGUAGUCAUAGAUAUUUCUGUCUGGUUUACUUUAUUUGUUUAUCAGGUGCCAAAUAACAUACAAGAGUCCCUGAUGAGUUUGUUAAAGGUCUAUAUCUAUAUGAGGGAGUAACAACUAGUAUCAGGAUAGAUGAAAGAGGUAAUAAUAAGUGUAUUACAAGCAACACUGUCCAGAUUUUGAUGUAGAAAAUACUAAAAAGAAUUUAGAGCAAAGACUGAAACAAUGAAGAUUUGCUUCCGAAGAAAAAAGUUUUCACUCUCCACUUUUUUUGAUGAUUCCUUAUCAGCCACUUCUGAACCUUGUACAAUGGUUUCUCUGGAGCCUUGUUUUGCCAACAGAUCUUCUCGUUCACUCCUAUGCACCCCUUCAUGACACGGCACCCAUAUUAAAACACUUUAUUAUCGUUUGUCAAGUUGUAGAGAAGAUCUUUGCAGUUCCUCCCCAGUUUUGAUUUGGUGAAUGUGUUCUUCACUGCCAGAAUAGCUGCUUGGCUAUCUGUAUUAAUGUUGAUUCUCUUUACUUUAAGGUCUCCAUUCACGAUUUCAUCACUGCAGGCCACCAAAGCAAAAACUUCAGCCUGGAACAUAGUUGUAUAUUGACCUAGGCUGUAAGAUUUAUUAUAAUUACCUACAUGUUUGUCCAAAGGCUCCUGAUCCAGUACAAAGGCCAAUUUUAGAUCCAUCAGUGAACAAUAUUAAGUCCCCAUUAAUAUUUCGAGCUUUGUGUUUUCUACAAAAUAUUAUUGUGUUAAUCUUCUGUGAAGAUUAGUUCUAGUUUCAUCAUAUCUGAGUUCGGCUACCGCCCAUAUACAGGGUGGGGCAUUAGUGUGACAAAGUCCAAUUACUCGUUUGUCGUAAGAGAUACAAAAAAAGUUAUUUAGGUAAAAGUUGGGGCACGGAUAGGACCAUAAUUUAAAAAUAUUUUCAGAUAUACAGGGUCACCCGUACCUAUUGACAGGAUGACACAAACUUAUGUUUUUUUUUUAAUAGAACACCUUGUAUCUUUUUACAUUUUUGGAUUUUCCUCGAUGUCUUCUUUCUCAAAAUAUAGGGACUUGUGAUAUUAUACGAGGUAGAUUAAAAGAUAAUUACGUUUUAUUGUUAAUUUCGUAGCAAUAUUCACACCAUGUAGAAUUGUAGUGAUUUGACAUCAAAGUUUCUAUUUAUGGUCAAACAAUUUUUAAUAUAGUCUACCAUUGUUGAACAUUAAUAAUGUAGCGAAAAGUUUAAUAUUAAUAUACAGGGUUGGCCAAAACUCGGAAUGAAUAUUUUCUGAGUUUUCUUAAAUGGAACACCCUGUAUUUUAGUAUUCGAAUGAAAUGAUAUUUUAUGGUACUUUUUUAUUUCUUAAGCAUGCCCUAUACCUAACUGCUUUAAUUUUUGAGUUAUUCGUGAUUCUUUAAUCCAAACAUUAAUUGCAACAAAUAUUACGUGAAAUUUUAUUACGUGGCUGUGCAAAUACCUAUUCAAUCAAAAAUAAUUUAAAAAAAAAGUAGAUAUUAAUCUAGACUGAUCCUUAAUUUAUUAAUAUUGGAUGAGAUAUAUAAAUACCUACGUAGUUAAGAUUGUUGGUGCGUAAAAUAUGAAUAAAAACAUACAAGAUUCUACCUAGUUGGCUAUGACAAUAAAUUUGCUAAAACAUUUGACAUUAUACUAUUUUUAUAGUUCCAAUUGCUUUGUUACCAUUACUAAUAUUAAAUUUUUUAAUAAGUAACUGAUGAGUAAUUGAUUAAAAUGGUUUUUCUGCUAGGAGAGUAUAACAAAAAUGUGCUACUAGCAAUAAUUUUCAUCAGCAAUUCCCUAAUAAACGAAAACCAAAAAGCGAAACUUUUGAAAGUAUACUAAAACGGUUUCAAUGGACUAGACACUUAAAUUACGAGAAACCUGAUCGAAAAAAACUAUUGUAUAUGAAUCAAAUGAAUUAAAUGUAAUCCUUAGUGUAACUGAGGAUCUGCGUAUUAGGAAGAACGUUCUUAUAAUCUAACUAUCUAGACCUAAACUGUUGAAAUCGUUUUAGUGUACUUUCAAAAGUUUCUCUUCUUGGUUUUCGUCUAUCAGGGAAUUGCUGAUGAAAAAUUCUUAUUGCUAGUAACACAUUUUUGUUAUACUCUCCUAGCACAGAAACCAUUUUGAUCAGUUACUCGUUAAAAAAAUUAAUAUUAUUAAUGGUAACAAAGCAACUGGAACUAUAAAAAUAGUAUAAUGUCAAAUGUUUUAGCAAAUUUAUUAUCAUAGCCAACUAGGUAAAAUCUUGUAUGUUUUUAUUCAUAUUUUAAGAACCAACAAUCUUAACUACGUAGGUAUUUGGAUGUCUCAUCCAAAAUUAAUAAAUUAAGGAUCAGUCUAGAUUAGCAUCUACUGUUUUUUCGAAAAAUUAUUUUUGAUUGAAUAUUUGCACAGUCACCUAAUAAAAUUUCACGUAAUAUUUCUUGCAAUUAAUGUUUGGAUUAAAGAAUCACGAAUAACUCAAAAAUUAAAGCAGUUAGAUACCUAUAGGGAAUGCUUAAGAAAUAAAAAAGUACCAUACAAUAUCAUUUCAUUACAAUACUAAAAUACAGGGUGUUCCAUUUAGGAAAACUCAGAAAAUACUCAUUUCGAGUUUUGACCAACCCUGUAUAUUAUUAUUAAACUUAGCGCUAUAUUAUUAAUGUUUAACAAUAGUAGACUAUAUUAAAAAUAGUUUGAACAUAAAUAGAAACUUUGAUGUCAAAUCACUACAAUUCUACAGGGUGUGAAUGUUGCUACGAAAUUAACAAUAAAACGUAAUUAUCUUUUAAACUACCUCGUAUAAUAUCACAAAACCCCAUAUUUUGAGAAAGAAAACAUCGAGGAAAAUCCAAAAAUGUAAAAAGAUACAGAGGGUGUUCCAUUUAAAAAACAUAAGUUUGUGUCACCCUGUUAAUACGGGUGACCCUGUAUAUCUGAAAAUAUUUUUAAAUUAUGGUUUUAUCCGUGCCACAACUUUUAUGUGAAUAACUUUUUUUCGUAUCUCUUACACAAACGAGUAAUUGGACUUUGUCACACUAAUGCCCCACCCUGUAUAUAAUUCCAGCGGAGGGAGACCUGUGAUAGCCUCUAAUGAUGCCAUUCCUGUAUUAUUCAAGGCUCCUGUAUACCAAAGUAAUCAACCAUAAGUAACUGUCAGUCGUAUCAGUAAUGGUAUUUCUUUUUUGUGUGCCUAUCCGUGACGAAUAUGGCGAUCAUAAUGGUAAUAUUUAUCUUAUCUGCCGCAGAGCGGAAAAGCUGCACAGAUGUUAUGUUGAACCAGAUUCUAAAGUUCUUCAUCUAGGAUGUUCUUCUUCUUCCUGGACCUCGCUUUCCAAAUAUUUUCCUUGCAGGACGGCUUGUAGGAGGGCACAUUUAGAUAUUAUAAAUAAAGAAGAGCAACGUGUUCAUUUAGCUGAUUCGCACCAAAUAAGAAAAGUUGCUGGAUGCAAGUUCCUUGAAAGAGUAGGAAAAAAGACCAAUGAAGAUGAGGUCCGAAAUAUUUAGAAUAAUUCUGUCUGCCAAGAAGUUAUAUAUUGGCAUGACUGAAGACAGAAACUGACGGAGAAAUGAAGAGAAGUAUGACUGAGUCCUUUCAUACUCCACCCCUCAUAUAAAAAAAUUACCACGAUCUCACAAAUAUGGCUCCUGCGUAUGGUGAACAUAUGCGGCAAUACAAAUUGGACUAUCGAUGUUGUUAUUGUGGACAUUUAUUUACUUGAUCUAGUAUAGUACAAAAUCAUAAAGUUAUACCAGAUAAAAAUAUCUAAGCAGUUUUUGCAAAUUCCUAAUACUGAAUCUAUUUUUUUAUUUGUAGUUCCUUUAUCGAUAUUUCUAUAUCUAUAAUACUUGCUACGUCUGAUCUCAUGGUAGAGAUCGGUCAUAGAGUAAUAGUUUUGGUGAAAAUUUGUAGUUUUACUAUAAUUUACCACCAUAUGAGAUCUUCUCUGGUGUAAAAACUUGUGAGUCAACUGUGAUAGUAUAAAUUUUAUUAAUUAUAAAUAUUAAUAACUGUUCUGUUCAACGUUGUGUACAAACUAAUUCAGUGAAAUUGUUAUGGUUUAGUAUUUAUUGUAUUAUUGUCCUGACUCAUUUCUUUUAGAAUUAAAGGAAUAACUGAAAAUAAAUAAUUUAAUUAAAUAAAUAAUUUAGCAAACGAAAAGCCACUUCCAACAUACAAAUAUCUAAACAAGAAGAUUAUAAUGAUGGCUGUUUCUUUUAAUAAAAACAUACUUAUUACUGCAAUAAAAUUAAAACCUUUUGUAUAUGACGUUUUUUUCCUAACUCAUCGCAGGUUGUAAUCUAUGUUAUGUCAUCAUCAUUCUCUUUACCUUAUCCCUAUGCGGGGUCGGCUUCCCUAAUUGCAUUUUUCCACACAUUUCUAUCCCAAUAUUGUCAUAUCAAUGUUAAUCCCCUUUACCAACAUGUCCUGCCUUAUCAUCUCCCCCCAGGUCUUCUUUGGUCUUCCUCUCCUACUCCUUCCAGGAAUUUGCACUUCAGCUAUUCUUCCUAUUGGGUGAUUAACGUCUCGACGUUGAACAUGACCAAACCAUCUUAACCUAUGCCCUCUCAUUUUGGCAUCAAUUGGUGUCACACCUAGACUUCCCCUAAUAUACUCAUUUCUAAUUUUAUCCUUCUUUGUCACUCCACUCAUCCAUAUGCUGGAUUGUUGUUCCAAGAGUUGUUCCUCUUUCUUCUUCACUGCCCAACAUUCAGUUCCGUACAUCAUAGCCGGUCUUAUGGCUGUUUUAUAGAAUUUUCCCUUCAGCUUCAUUGGAAGUUUUCUGUCACACAACACACCACUCGCUUCUUUCCACUUCAUCCAUCCAGCCCUAAUUCUACUGCAUGCAUCUCCAUCUAUUUCUCCAUUACUCUAUAAUACCGAUCCCAGGUACUUAAAAAUAUUGCUUUUUACAAUCAGUUCACCAUCCAAAGAUACUAUUUUAUUUGUAGUAACUCCAUCUUUAAAUGAACAUUCGAAAUACACUGUUUUUGUCCUACUAAGUUUUAAACCUUUCUGAAUGUUACCCUGUAGUUUCGCUGUUAUCUGGUCCAAAACUAAUGAGAAUAAAUACGGACUAAGCACCGAGCCUUGGUGCAAUCCUACUUUCACAUGAAAUUUAUCAGUCUCUCCCACACCUGUCCUAACACUAGUCGUUACUCCCUCAUACAUAUCCCUCACAAUCUUUACAUAUUAACCAGGGACUCCUUUCUUAUUGAGUGCCCACCACAGAAUCUCUCGAGGAACUAUAUCAUAUGCUUUCUUAAGAUCAAUGAAUACCAUAUGAGCGUUUGUUUCUUUACUCCUGUAUUUUUCCAACUGUCUUAUAAUGAAAAUUGCAUCUGUUGUUGAUCGGCCCUGUAUAAAGCCCAAUUGAUUCUCGGAUAUUUCGGUCUCUUCACGUAUCCGUCUAUCAAUUACUCUUUCCCAUAUUUUCAUGGUGUGGCUAAGCAGUUUUAUAGCCCUGUAGUUUGUACAUUGUUGUAUAUCUCCCUUGUUUUUGUAAACAGGUACUAGUAUACUGCUUCUCCAUUCGUCUUGCAUUUGUCCAACUUCCAUAAUUCUAUUAAAUAGACCUGCUAGCCUCCUUGUUACUGUCUCUCCCAAUGCUCUCCAUACUUCCCCAGGAAUAUCAUCUGGUCCUACCGCUUUUCCUUUCUUUAUUUUUUGAAGCGCUUGAGCCACUUCCUCGUUUGUUAUUUUGGUGACUAUUGCUGCUACUGUCUCCGUUGACUCUACAGGCUGUCUGUCAAAUUCUUCAUUUAAUAAGCUGUCAAAGUACUUUCUCCAUCUCUUUUUGACAUCCCUUUCGUGAACUAGUAUUUUAUUAUUUUCAUCUCGGAUACAUCUAAUCUGAUUAAUGUAAUGUAAUCUAUGUUAUGUCUUUGCAAGUAAUCUAUGUUUUCCUCUUCCGGUCUGGUGUCUUCCUUCUCUUCAGACGUAGGUACAAUAUUUUAUUACAUGAGGCUUGUUGGAUUGAAUUCAAUCUCUGGACCAGAAUAAAAGGAUUUCUAUGACUUUUGUCGCCCUUAUUCUUUCAGCCAACGUCUCUAAUCGUUUCUAUUAUUUAUCUCUAAGGUCUCGUCUUUCCAUGGCCUCCUUCAUUUCACCCCUCCAUGAUCUUCGGGGUCUACCUCUUUUUCUCCUACGUAACUCUUCUUCUGAUACGUAUUUUAUUUCGACUUUUCCGUUUGUAUUUUUCCUUAAUAAAGAUUUCAACAUUUCCCAGAAUUCAGAUUUCUUUGUUCAUCCUAUGUAUUAUUUAAUUCAUGCACAUUUCUUUUCCAUUCUUCAUUAUUUUCUUUUCCCUUCUUCUUUUCACUUCUCUGUUUUCCCUUUGUCCUUUUUUAUAUCAUCUGCGGAUUGGGUGGAAUUUUCUUUCUUUUCUUUUCUUCAAUACAUUUUUUGUUUUCUUUGUUUAUUUUUGCUUUGUGUUGUGUAGUUUUUGUCUUGAGUUUCUGAAACCGAACUCCCCGAAUUUCUGGUCAAGUCUACUCUGGUAAAUGUCCUAUCAGUGUCUCAGUAACCCAAUUAUGUAAAAAUCGCAGGAGUAUAAAUCGAGAUUAUUGGGUGGAUGCUCAAAUAUCCUUAAUUUCGUUCGUUGUAGAUUUUCUUUCUCUGCUUUGGCAACACGUUUUUUUUUCCUGGAAGCCGUCUGUUGUGAACCGGUUGUACUGCAGCCACUUAGCUUACUGUACAUCUUCCAUUCGUUUAUGAAACCCAUUCCAGAAUUCUGGAACCCUGUACCAGCUUUUACAGGUCUAGUGGGUGGGUGCCAUAUAUAUUUGGAGUCACUUCGAUGCCUCCGAAAAGUGUUUGCCGCCUCCGAUCCAAUGCCUCACAGUCAUGCAAAAUAUGGUUGACUGUUUCAGGUUCUCUGUUACAGAGUCUGCAGCUCAAGUCUCCAUGAAACAGCCUCAUUGUAUGUAGGUAACCCUUAACUGGCGCAUGUCCAGUGAGGAAACCUGUUAUGACUCUGAGCUGAUUCCUGCUUGUUUUCGGCAGUAACUCAGCCCUACUAGCACAUGUCCGUCCGAUAUACAUCUUGUUUGGCAACACGUGGUCGAGAAAUGUCGUGCAGAAGAAUAAGCCUUCUGAGAGCUUACAUCGACAUUUUCAUCUUAUUAUUUGAUGGAGCUUGUUUACAGAUAUAUUAUACAGGUUUGCGUUGAUAUUAUUUAUUUUAAUAUAAUUAGUUAUUCAAUGUUAUUCCAGUUAUGCGUUAACGUAGAAAAAAUCAAGUGAAACUAAAUGCCUAAUUAGCUUUUACACAUUAUUUUGAGUUUAUAUUUGAUUGAAAAAGAUUCAAUAACAUGAUAUAGCGUCUCGAAUUAGCAGUCUAUUCCAAACAAUAUUUUUACAAUACGUCAUGAAAAAGAUUUUUAUGAUUUAUCUAAUACAAAAAUCGUUUUGAAAUAACUAAUAUUAAUGAAAAUUUAAUGAACCAACGACAAUGGAUUAACAUACACUGAUCAGCAAAAAAACCCGCCACGUUGAAAUAUUUAUAUUUAAGUGAUUAUUUCAUUCAUAGGAGAUUCUGACCAAUAGAACAGAUAGAAUACAUUCCAUAGAUAGAAUAGAUAGAAUAGAAUAGAUUCCAACAGAAAUCUGAAUUAAAUCGAUAAUUUUUGAUAAUCUCCCGUCGUUAAGUAUAUUACGUCAGAUGCCCUUCGUUGCUAAGAAAAAAUACAUUCAGUGACAUUAAUGACAAUGAAUGUUUUAAAAAUUAUAAAAGUGAUGACUUUCAAUCGUCAAAUAUUUAUAAAAACUGUGUGUUUAAUGGUACUUACAUAAACAAAUUAAAAUAAAAUUUUGGUUUUGUACAGUUUUAUUCAUGAAAUAACCGCAACAAAUUGCACUCGACCUCUGAAAUUAAUAUAGAAUUUUUGCUCUCGUGACACUUUGACAUAAUUUCACUCGCCUUCGGCUCGUGAAAUUAAAACUGUCAAAGUGUCACUCGGGAAAAAUUCAAUAAUUUCAGAGCUCUUGUGCAAUUACUACUGAAAAUUUUAAUGACAGAGAGGAAGGACUGGAAAAACUCCUAACUUUAAGGCCCAGCGCCCACUGGUCGACUGUUUUAAAACUUCGGUUUGAAACCGAUUGCGUUCGCAACUAUUUUGUUACCUCGGCUUCGUAAAAGCACGAGGAUUUGCCCACGAGACGAUCCGCCUAAAACUGGUUUCCAACUAGUUUUCUUGGCUUCUUUCUGUCUUUCGUUAUGUUAGAUAACGAUAACGAAAUAGGUUUCUAACCGUCACUCCAUGAAGUUAUUCAAAUCUGCAAUGCGCAUUAAUUUGGGGAAUUUCUUCUUCUUUUUGUAUAGACAUGACUCUGUCUGUUUUUUCAAUGUGCCUCUAGUAAGUUGUGCCAUCGUUUUCGUGGUCUUUUCACUGAUCGACCUAUUGGGGAACCGUCUCUCGCUGUCCUUAGAGGAACUGGUCCGAAUAUGGGCCCCUCAUUUGUUUUUUUAUUGCAACUUGCUUAUUAUAUUUUGAUAAUACUGUUUAAAUGUCAUGUAUACAUGCUACAAGACCUUAGAAAUAAAACUGCUAACUAUGUAUUUUUUAUUAUGAAGCUUAUUUAUUUUACAGGUAAUAAUAUGAAGUGGGGCAUAUUUUUCUAACCAGGCCAGGCUGUCUGAAAUAUGGGCCCCAUUAAAAACUAUCAAAAUUUUCUUUUGACAAUAAAAAUACGACAUAACAGCCAAUAAUUCAUGCUUAAGGAAUAAUAGAUAUCUCUGAAAAAUAAAAUAAAAUUAUCUAUAAAAAUCGUAAACGUAGAUAAGAGUCUCUUUCUGCUCCGGAACACUGUUCAUGUGCCCAGAGAUUGCACAUUAAACAUUGAACCAGUUUCUUCUCCAUUAUCUAGUAUCAUCAGAAAACUGUUUUCUACAUACAUAAUAGACAUGUGGCCCCACUGCUUUCGGGAGAUUACUGUCCUAUGUGCGCUAUGUCAAGGUCUUCAUCAGCGGGCAAAAAUUCCUCUUUAUCUUCUUCAUCCGAACUGAAUUUGGUUUUGUUUUUUCUCUUGGAUUUCUUUAUAUUUUUCCCCUAUUAGCUUCCCCUUUCCUUCCUUUAUCUUUACAUUUUCUUUUAAUUCAACUGAAAAUACUGUUCUUUUUUCCUUCCCUUCUUUUGAUUGUCUUAUAUUCUCAAUUGAUAAUUUACGAACCAAUUUAUACGGAGAUAAAGUUAUACCUUGAGAACCAAGAAGUUUUCCUUCCUCUUAAAAACGCUCGGUUCGUAACUGAUGGGGCAGGUGAAUGAACGAAUGGACUGAUGAAUAUUUUUGAACAAUGUUCUGGCAUACUUAGUUGUUGCGUUCGCUGUGUUCCUUAAUGGUCGAUCUGGGUCUUUAGAAUAACUUGGUCCUCGAUCUUCUGAACGAACUGUUUUAUUUUCUAAAGAAAUCGUUUCUGCAAGGUGACCUGUCAAUCCUUCCAAAUAAAUUCCAGUCGAGUUACAAGUUUUCUCAGAUUCAAGUUUCUCAGCACCGAAAUCAGCAUCAGAAAAAAUGGUUAUAUUUAUUGGCCCUAGUCCUGUUACUUUAAACCCAUUCUUAGCUAUUUCUGCCGUCUGGCAUUUCAGAAAGGCUUUUUCCAAUAGUUCUUCUAGAUCAAUGCGGGCGGUCUGAAUAUGAGCCCCUAGCCCAUAUUUACGUCACACAAGGGGCCCAUAUUUCAAAAUAUGUACGUUCAAGAAAAAUAUUAGGUUAUGAUUUUGUAUCAAACGGUCUACACUGUGUAACAACAACAUAUGCAAUGGUGGAGGAAUCUGUAAAUAUAUGACAAGAGAGGGGCCCUCUAGUAUAUUUGGGCAUUUUCUAACAGAUAGCACUACUUGUUUCCUAGGUAGUGUGGUGGCCCAUAUUAAAUACAUAGCCCAUAUUCGGACCAGUUCCUCUACUACUCUAUUUGUUGUCAUUCGGAUUAUGUGGUCAUUCCAUUAUAUUCUUCUGUUUCUUAACCAGUUAUUAAUGUUGUCCAUCUGGCAUAUCCGUCGUAUAUCUGUAAUUCUAGCAGUUCUAGCUCUGUUACAUAGAGUCUUACGAUCGAUUUUUCGAAGGGUUUUCAUCUCCGCUGUUUCGAGCAAUCUUUUUGUCCUCUCUGUGCCGGGUCGUGUUUCUGCCGCGAAUGUCUGCCGCAUGGUCUAAGGACUGUUUUGUAAAUUCUGCCUUUCAUUUCUUUUCCUUUCAUUUUUUCAUUUUUUUUUUCUUUUUAUUUCUACAUAUCGUGUCAUUCAAUUAACCUGCUGCUCUAUUUGCUCUAUUCACUUGAUUUUCUACUUCUGUUUCGAGCCUUCCGUAGCUAGAUAGUAUGAUGCCUAGAUAUUUAAACUCCAUCACUUGUUCUAUUAUCUGACCUUCCAGCUCCAAUUUACUCUUAUUGGGUUUGCCGUUAUAACCAUGCAUUUUGUCUUUUUUGGAGAAUGGAUAUGGUUUGGAGAAUCUUCACUUUAUAAGAUUAGUAUUGCAUCGUCUGCAUAGCAGAUUAUUUUAAGUUGUUUUUCUCCCAUUUAGUACCCUUUUUUAGUUCUUACUUUUUUUAUUAUUUCGUCCUAGAUCAGGUUGAACAAUAAAGGACUCAAGAAAUUUCUUAAAUGAAAUUAAAUAGGUAAGUGUCCGGUUUUUUGCUGGUCAGUUUAUUUAUUUCUGUUAUUUAAUAUUUGAUCCAGUAAUUUAUCCUAGAAUUAACAAAAUUGUAUAUAUUUGAGUUUUAAAUUAAUUUUUAAGCAUAUUUUCAGUGAAUAUUUUGUCUAUAAUACUUGUAGUAGGUUUCCAAAACAAAUAAGCUAGUAAGGUGAUCUAAAGUUUAUGGAAGCAGAAGCAGCUUAUGAUUUAGUUUUUAUUUGUAAAUAUAGAUAAUUUAUAUUAAAUGUUUAAAAAUAAACGAGAAAACUGCUAAAUCUG